AUGAGUGGCAGUGCAGGACUGUCACGUUCCAACAAGGUGUCGGCGAUUUCUGCUGCCUCACCUACAGCCUCGGGUUCGAGUCCGCGCGUGUAUAUUCCGGUGUCGCCGAAUGCUUUGAGUCCAAGAUCUGCUGAAGCUGUUGGCGAUUCGAGCACACUUGGCAGUGGCAGCGGACUCGUGAGCUCCAUCAAGAACUUCAAGCGCAAGAAGAAUACUCGAGAGCGACUCCACCCUCUAGAGAGCGAGUCUCCGCGCUACCCACGACACUACCAGCAGCAGCGGCAUCUUUCAGUUGUUCCAUCGUCGCCAUCCCGUUAUCCUGAUUCACCUCGUGCACCAAAAGGAGCUCUCGAAGACUCGGAUGAUGAAGUGAUCCAGUUGAAGCGGUUGAACGCCCACCUGGCAUCGGGCGAGACGGUUGAAGAGUGGAUCCGGUCGUACGAAGUGGAGCGUAGCAACUUCGCUUCGUUCGCUAUGUUCACUGAGGUCAAGCUGGACGAGGUGCAGGAGGGAUUCGUGGAGCAAGUCGGCCGGCCGAACGCUGUGGAAGCAGCGGCGUGCUGCGCCACGCUGCUGAAGAUGCCUGGCAUCGUCGGGUGCUACCGAACGUUGUUGGAGAAGAUGUUGGCCGGGAUUCAAGGCGCCAUCUACCUCCCAGACGCCUCGUUGCCGUCCAUAGUCACCGACUCGACCUCGCCGGACGCGAUGUCCGCGCUCGUGCAGAAUUUUUACGCGCGCACCCCUGUUGACGACGUGGCUCGGAUCUUCCAGUAUGUGCCGUUCGCUCACGUCCAAGCGGUAAUCGCAAAGGUCUACGCCACCAACUCGGCCAUGCUGGAUCAGCUUGUGAAUGCGCUGCAAGAACAACAAGGUCUGCUGUUACUGAGACGGAAAGGCAUGGGGUUGGAUGAUCCAGACUACCCUGUACAUGUUCCGCUGGCUACGAGUGCGCAGAUCUGUCGCGCGAUCACUCACAACGCCGCAAGCUUCAGCUCCAGCGGUCGAGAGAUGAUCCUCUGUGCUAUCGUGGGGCUGGUAGACGCCGACUCGUUCCGAGACGUCUUCGAGCACUUCGACCUCCACGGGAAGAUGUGUUUCCUGCAUAACCUGACCUACACGGAGGGGAUGGAUCAGCUGGAGCUGGUCGUGGACGUGCUGCCCAAUGCGGGUGAGUCACUCUUCCGAUUGUACCUCGCUACGUCCUCCGGCAGGGUGGGAGAUCUACCGGACGAGAAGGCAUUAGGAGGUGAAGUGGUGCCGCGUGCUAGCCCCAAGGACGUGUUCUUCCUCAAGCUGCUGAGCACCGACAUGGAGUUCUUCUUCCUGAGCGAUCUAGCCGUGUACCUGACUGAAGCGCAGUGGCUUCUACUCUCGAAGGAGUACGAGAAGAACGACAAUGAACGGAAGGCCAGGAAGCUACGACGCGCCAGCAUGAGCGGGUCGGACUUUGAUAUCGAGAUCGAAGAAGACACGAACGACGGGCGACCAAUAUCGCAGUCGUCCACGGCAGCAUCGAUCGAGCGCUUCCAGAUGAUCAUGCUCAACUACCUGAGGCACCACAGAUUGUCCAGCGCCCAGCUACUGCAGCUCGUGUCGAACACGUUCUUGUUGAUGCUGGAGGAGAAGGAACUCAGCCAGCUCAUUGACAAAUGCUGGACCUGUUUCCCUCUGGAUGGGCAAUGGGCCAAGGCUCUGGCUGUGAUUCAAGACUUGGGCAACGGGAGGACGCCUGCUUCACCGCUCGACGUCAACUCCGAAUACGUCGCCGCUAUUCGUCUCAAGAUGCUCAAGACGUUGUUCAAGAUGCUGUCGCGCGAGGAGAGAGCUGCCAAGAGAAUCCAAGACCUGAAAGACGCCGCGACAGCAGCGAAGAACGCUCCUCCAGAUCUGAGUGACCUUGCGGUGCAUAUCUCACGCAUGAAGGCAAAUCUGAAGGUGCGCUGGCUGGAGGCUAUCAUGGAGUACGUUUUGAACGAGACGGAGAGCUCAGCAAGGCUGGCGGCGCUCAAGCAGGCACUGCAGCCGUUUGCGAACGGUAAAAUGCCGCCACCUCCACAACAACAGAGUAAAGAUGGCCGCAUUGGCUUCCAGAAGAUGCGGCGCGAGUUUGCGCUCUCCCAGCAGCAGCAGAAGCUCUCGGGGGGCUUAGGGCGACGCAACUCGUACGUCGGUGUGUCGUCGCAGCUCGUGUGGGCGAGGUUCUGGCACCUCAUGCGGCAACUGCACGACGCCGCAGCGGAUAGCGACGGCAUUGUGACCCCGUGGGAAGGGAUCAACCCCGAGCGCCCACGGGACUCGCUGCCCAACUUCCUCUUCCCUGAUACCGCGCGCAUCACGGCCAAGAUGAGCGCGGCUCAUCACCAGGAAGCUUUCGACGCUGCUACGAUUCACGCCCAGUUCGCGUAUCUACUCAGCCACACUUCAUCUCCGUACGAACGCGUCGCCGUGACGACAUCUUUCGACCAUGGGAGUAUCCCUCGGUAUACCGGCAAAAGACCAGCUCCUCCUCCUGCACACGACACUCAAGUUCAGACCCGCAAACUUCAAGAAGAAGAAGACGCCGCGCAGUUGAACCGAGAGCGUCGCCGCUUGACUCAAAUCCGGUACCGACAGAAGCUCAAGGACCACGCCGACACUCUCGAGCAGCAAGUACAAGUGUUGCGAGACCAAGUGCAGAAGCUCGAGUUCCAGCACCAGACCAUCUCUCCACCCCCCCUGAAGCGUGGUGGCCGAUCGCACGCUCGCCGUGAGUUUCUGCAGCGAGCCAUGGCUCCAGAUGUGAUCGUGGAGAAUGGACGAGGCGUUGAAGCGGUGCUGGAGUACUGGAGGUUUGUCUCCCUCUCGCAACCGACCUUCGAGAUCCGUGCUGCCAACGUGGAACAAGGUCCCGAAGGCUUCAUUGUCGCCAAGACGAAGACCAAAGUCGUUCUGUGUGAGGAGAUGCUGCGCCACGCGUUCCCGAAGCUGGGAGAAUCUGAGCGAGGGAGGAGUCUAGCUGUGAAGCUACUGACCAGCGAUUCGAGGCGAGUGGAGUCACGGUGUUCGGCUGGGACAAUGAAAAAGGCUUCGCCAGGAAGAGCUUCAGUCUGGAAGCAUACUCGGGUUCUGAGCUUGAGCAGCGAGUCGGACUGGAUGACGCCCAUGUUACGCUUGCUUGGCAAUGCGGAGGACUUGGCGUUUGUGUUUGACGGGGCUUAUCUUACGCUAGACGGUCGACUGAAUAUUGAUUAAUCCAU